GCACCUUAAAAUGUCAAGUGUGUUUUUUAACAGUUUUCUAUGUCUUUGUAUACACAAACACAAAGUAUGAAGUUCACAUAUCUUUUACUCGGUUUACUAUAAAUGACAAAAAAAAUUAUUCUUGUACCAGAUAUCAAAAGUGUCAUCAUCCAAUUUUUCCCUCCUCUGGAAAAGCAGGUAAUUUCACAAGUUCUUGUUUAUUGCACUUCUCGAAGGUUAACGAAGGUGUUUUUUUUUUUUUUUGAUAAAAAUGACAGAUUUAUAAUAAAGUACAUUACAGUGAAAUAAAAUGUCAGGAAGUAGACCUCCUCAUUUUGUUUAUGGUGAGGAUGUUUAUGGAAUAAUUCCAAGAGAAAUGGAUCAUUGGCGAGCUGUUGAAGAUCAUUUAAGAAGACUGAAUGCCACUGUAAGACAAGAUCAAAACAACAGUGAUUCCAAUAAUGAAAAUUCAGAGACACAAGGAGCAGAUAUUUCCUCGGAAGAGGACACAACUCAUUAUACAGGUUCUGAUGCUGCUGACAAUGAAUUAUCAGUCGAUGUAACUGAUGGAGCAUCUUCACCGAAUCAAACUACAGCUGGAAUUCCAACUUUAAGUUCUGAUGAAGACAAGCGAUAUUGUUGGGUUUGUUUUGCAACUGACGAGGAUGAUGCGACUGCAUUGUGGGUGAAACCUUGUCAUUGUCGAGGAACGACAAAAUGGGUUCAUCAGGGAUGCAUACAACGUUGGGUGGACGAAAAACAAAAAGGUCGAGCCAGUACAAGAGUUGUGUGUCCACAAUGUAAUACUGAAUAUAUCAUUGUUUAUCCGAAUAUGGGGCCUUUGGUUGUAAUAUUGGACAAAAUUGAUGGAGUUAUUUUUCGAGUAUGUCCUUUCAUAGCAGCGAGUAUUGUUGUUGGUUCUGUUUAUUGGACAGCUGUUACUUAUGGAGCAAUAACAGUAAUGCAAGUUGUUGGUCACAAGGAUGGUUUUACAAUGUUGGAAAAUGCCGAUCCUUUAGUAUUACUAGUUGGUUUACCUACAAUUCCUAUAAUGCUUGUUUUAGGAAAAAUGUUAAAAUGGGAAGAUCAAGCAUUGAGUUUACUUAGGCGGCACGCUUGCAAAGUUCCAAUUUUAAGGCACUUUUUACCUAGCAGUUAUUCUGACGAAGAUAGAACACAAUCACAAGAAAUUCCACCAAUGAGUGAUCCAGUUUCUGUGACGAGAGUUUUAUGCGGCGCAUUAUUAUUGCCCACAAUUGCAAGUAUUUGUGGCAAAAUAUUCUUCGAGAGUAUAAGCUCAAAUUUUCAAAGAACGUUACUUGGAGGAGUUGCCUUUUUGUCAAUAAAAGGUGCAUUUAAAAUUUAUCAUAAACAACAACGAUAUGUUAGACAAUGUCAAAGACGCAUAAUGGAUUAUACAGACACAAAUGUUGCUAUUUAUCGAAGACAAAGGAACGCUGAAAACCAAACUGAUAAUUAAAGUGUGUGUGUGUAUAUUUGUGUGUGUGUGUGUAAAAAGGUGUAAUUUUUGACGAGAAAAAAAAAAUUGAAACUAUUUUAGAAUUACAUGUUAAUGAAAUAACAUGAUUUGAAUUGAAUCCUAAAAAACACACAUUAAAUAAUGUAUACGUCAUUCUCUUUUAAUUCGACUGUUAAAAGUUACGAAAGAAAAAGCAAAGAGAAAUAUUAUACCGUCACCUGACCUCUCCAACCCUAGUAAAGAAAAAAAAAAAGUGAUAGCGAAGUUCCUGAGAAAUUACUCCAAACUUCUAGGUUUUUAACAUUCCUGUAUAAAAUACACAAGUUAUCAACCUUAUUGCAAUCCUCGCGUGAAAAAAAAAUAUAUAGGAAAAGCAAUUUUACAGACUAAUAUAAUUAUUUUAUAAUAAUUUCUCUACAAUUUUCUUCUUUUUCGCAAAUAUACAAUUGUUAUAGCAAAAAAAAAAAAAAAAAAAACGAAAUGAUUAUGUAAAUGAAAAAAAAUUUUAAAUUAUCUAUUUAUAUAAAUUAAAUUGUUGUGAAAUUAUUGUAAUUAUAAAAACAAUUUAUGAAAAAUUUUAAUUUAUUUUGAAUUAUUUUUAAAUAUUAUGGCUUAUAAAAAGCAAAACAAAAGUUCUAUAAAACAAUAUUUCUAUUAUUUAAAAAUUUAUUAAAAGGCUUUUUCUAUUUUUUUUCCGUUAGGAAAUUUUGCUAUAAAUUAUCGUCUUAUUGAAUUUUGAUGAUUAGAAAUUUACUAAUAAAUUAUGCGUGUAUAAUUUUUUUCCAAUUAAAAAAAAAAAAUAUCUUAGAAAAGAAAAAUUGUUCAAAUUCAUUAAUAAAUAUUUUUUUUUAAGAAACACAAAUCUAAAAAUGAAGAAUUUUAAAUAUAGAAAACUUUUACUUUGUAAGGAAAAAAGUAACAAAAUUUUGAAAAUUGGAUUCAAAUUGUACAUAGUAUUAGUAAUUUAUAUUAGGACAUUUUUAUUUUGAUGAAUACGAUUAAAGAAAUACGGUACAUUUAUUUGUUUUUUUUUUUUUUUUUUGAAGCAAUUAUCAUGCUUUGUAAUUAUUUUUAUUUUUAUUGUAUAAUGCAGUACACACAAUACAAACCUGAAUUUUACGAUUUGUAAUAUAGAGUCUGUUAGUUGUUCUUAAUAAUGUAAUAAUAAUUAAUGUUCAUAAAU